AUGACAGCGCUCGCCCGACUCUCCCUGCUCCGCCAACACCUCGAUCCUUCUGUUCAGCAAGACAACUCCUUCCCCGAGUGGAUUCCUCCACUGUCUAGUACAGCGAUCGAGAACCUAGAUCAGCACACAUUAGCGAUGGGAAAACCACUGCCUCCUCUCCCGAAAGAGCGACUACCACUACCCCACCGCCUAAAUUGUUUCAUACAACUCUGGCUGCUCAAAUGCCUCGCCAGUGUCUACUUCCUCUACCUACGCCUAUUCAAUCCUCCCAAGCCAGGCACCCAACCAACCCUUAUUAAGCGCUAUGCCUGCCGCCCAACCCUGGAAACUCGCAUCUUCUACCCGCGCUCCUACAACCCCGGCCAGCGCGAGCUACUUCCACUCUACCUGAACAUCCACGGCGGUGGCUUCGUACUGUGCGACGCCACCGUCGACGACCCCUUUUGCAGUUCUUGGGCCAACCGCACCGGAAUGCUAGUCGUCAGCCUCAACUACCGAAAGGCGCCGCACCAUCCAUUUCCAACGGCCAGCUUUGACGUUGCCGAGGUAGCCAAGUGUGUGCUAGCAGAUGAAUCCCUCCCAAUUGACCACUCGCGCAUCGCCAUCGGCGGCUUCAGUGCAGGUGGCAACCUUGCGCUGUCUGCCUCGCAAUUCCCCGGUCUGAAAGGCCUGAUCAAAGCCGCCGUGAUAUACUACCCCAUCGUGGAUUUCGGCCACCCGCCCAAUGAAAAGCUAGAUUCGAGACCUUACAAAGGGGGCCCGAAGGAUAACCUAGAAAAGACUUCCUGGUGGAUAGACUGGGGGUAUGUGAGUGUAGGGCAGAAUCGGAGGGACCCACUACUCAGUCCGUUGUACGCGAAGGAGGGUGAGCUACCGCCGUGGAUUUAUAUGAUUGGGGCGCAGUGGGAUAUGCUCCGGUUAGAGACACAGCAGAUGAUUCACGAAUUAGCCGGGUUGGAGAAUAGAGUCGGGAUUGAGCAGGAGGAGGACUUUGAGGUGGGCAGGUAUAAGUGGACGUUGGCGAAGGGGUGUCCGCAUGGGUUUACGCAUGAGUCGCCAGGACGAAAGAAGGUUGGAAGCAGUAGGAGGAAGAGAGAGGAGGUUUCGCAAAGGAUUUAUGAGGAGGCGCAUGAUUGGUUGAAAAAGUCCCAAGUUCUAUCUUAA